AUGGGAAGUCGACCUGGCGGAUCGCACGACAACAAUGAGAGGCCGCCGCACAACUUGCACGCGCAGAGGCCCCAGAUGCCGGCCUCCGCGUCUGCUCCCGCCGGCCGUCUGCCCCGUCUCCUUCCCGCUGACCUCUCUUCCUACACCGACACGUAUCUGCCGACCGCGGCCAUCCCCACGUCCGCUACCUCCCUCGCUGAGCUCGCCCAUUUGAUUCGGCUCCAAGGCUAUCAGGAGCAGCGCAAGACCCAUUCCCGGGUCCGCCUGCACCGAUGGCUCGUGUCCAGCGCUCUAUCCGCACGUCUGGUACAUUGCGGAGAGCUCGCGUACCGAACUUUGGUUGACAACUUCAGGUCGGACGACAAGAAAAGUUUUGCUACCUUGUAUAAUGCCGUCAACGACGUUCGGAACUCAUGCGACGCCACUCGCCGUUACGCAUUAUUGGAGCCAGAUUUGGAGUUUGGGAAAACGAAAAGUAUCAAGAGCGACAAGUCGCCAUCUUUCUCAACUUUCUUGAAUGAGGUUCCGUCUCAGAUUUUGGAUGACCUGCUGGGUUUCAUUUCUGAAAUCCGCACUAAUCCAGAUUUCCUUGCUACUCGCAUUCUCAGUCUCUCUCAGCAAGAGCUUGCUUCUUUAACGUCAUUUCGUCAAGCUUUGGAUCCCAUCGACUCCGUCAUGGCCAUGCAAGCCCGUGGUAAGGCCGUUGGUACGCAAAAGCCCACUGCGCAAGGUCCCAGUCCCGUGGAACGCCUGCUGUCAUUCCAAAGGCACGAUCCGUUUGCUGCCCUCAUCUACACCAUCUUCGCCAACUCCUCGGGGCCAGACUCUGCCGAGGAUCUCCGCCGGACAGAUGCCUGGGCUACUACCUGCGCCAAGAUGAUCGUGGACUCCAAGCAAGGAACAGAGAAAUUCAUCAAGUCCGUCCUCGAUGUCUUCGCAGGUAUGCGGGAGUGGCCAGGAAAGGCUAACCUGGAGCUUUACCUGAUGCAGGUCCUCCAAGAUGGGCAAUUUCUACUGGAGAGAGCCGAGGAACAGUCCGCACGGCCGGGGACUCAACCAGUCACAGCCAAAGACACCAUUGCAACCGACGAGUUCUUCGACCGGGCCGUGAAGCGCCUCUUUGAGGUCGUGGACGACGAACCCAGCGCUGGUGGUAUCCCAGAGGGCGUCCUGGAGAUUGGAAACGCUAUCCUCCGAAAGUUGGAUGAGGCUAAGGGACUUCGUAAAGGAGCCCAGAAUUUCUUCGUCUCCCGCUGGCUGUUUUCGACCUUCCUAUUGAACGCUAUCAUCCAUCCCGAGGCAUGUCUUCAUUCGACUCUUACUCAUGGUAUCAUGAUUGGCCACCACAUCACUGAGCAUGCCCGCCAGAAGAUCCUCAAGGAGAUUGCUAUCCGAGCUCAAAAGCAUGUCUUGGAUAUGACCUACAAUUGGCGCCAGCAAGUUCCAAUUCUUCCCGAAAUUCGUUCUCACAUUGAGAAUAUUCUGGCAAGAUUUAAGCAUACCAGAUCUCAUGCCAAGCCAGUCCUUCUCCCAGCCAAGGCCAUCACCUCGCCGCGGGAAACCGUCGAGGUCCAGCCAUUUAUUGUGAUCUGCCCAUCGGAUAUCGUCACUUUAGUCAAUACAUUAUUUCCGGAGCGCCGCCCGCCAUCUAGCCAUUUUGAUAAGGAAAGCCAGCGACGUGCUGGGCUGGCCUCGUCCGCUUCUUCAAUAUCCGGAAUUUCUAUGCCUUUCCGCGCAACGCCAGCAUCUACAGGCGAUGCAAGCUCUAUUCUUAGCGCCAGCGCUUCUUCCAUGACGAGCGACACCACUUCGAGAGAACCAUUGCUAGAUGCUGCAAACCAGCCUCUGGAUCGCCAUGGCCUCCCUGUGGACGAGCAUCAUCAUAUCGAGUCCAAGAUUGCCCCUACCGAGCUUUACGGAAGGCGCUUGAGGAUGGCCUGCUCCGAAAUGUCUCGAAUUCUAGGCCUUGAUGCUACUUCAGGCUCAUGCCAUCCUUGCGCUGAACGGUGGGCUGUUCUCUACAUCUCCCCCGAUGGCAAGCAGCUUAAGCCCCGCAUGCGCAAGGACUCGGAUGAUGAAGACGAGCACGACGAGGACUCGCCAGAGAGCGAGAGCAGCGAUGACGAAGGUCCCGUAGAUAGGCUUGAUCUGGAAAACGACUACCAUCAGCUGAAGGAAGCCAUUGCCAAGCUAGUCGAGGAGUAUGAGAUUCCCAAGGAACUGGCGCCAGACAGUGAAUCGAAGAGCUUCAGUAAUCGUACCUCGACUCACCGGAGAGGUGCAAGAGGCGGCGCCAUUCGGCAACACAGCGACACCCUCGGAUCCAGAAAUCCUUAUAACCAAGGCCAAAGCCAACUUACCAAUCUGAUCGCUAGCCAGAGGAAUGUACCAGCUCGCCAUCGUUCCCCACAACACCCUAGGAGCAACAGCAAUCCUCAGCUUUCAGACAAACCGGAGAACAGCUCUGUUCUUGUCACUAUGCUAGAAACGGCCAUGUACCAAUGCCAAGCUCGCUCAGAUUUCGUCAACGCUCAUCUCUACUACAAGACGCUGCAGUCUCUGCGGAAGCUCAGCUCCCCGUCCCUGGUUAAGAACGGAUACGCCGCUCUCUUGAACUACUUCUCCCGCGGUCCGCGCGAUUCUCUGGGCAAGUCAACCAACGCCAUCGAAGAGUUUGAGGCUUGGUUUGUCUGGUUAAAGCAGUCUCAAGAACGCCAUGACGCGGCUAUCGAGGACAUGAUGAUAGGGUUGAAGAAUCUGCGAGACAAGAUGUGGUACAUCACCGAUGUCCGCAACUCAGGACUCUAUGAAGAAGCGAGGAACGUUGCUCUGGCACUCAAGGUGAUGGGUCAGCCUACCAAAACGCCCGAUGGCAAACCAAUCCAGACCCACCGUCCACGCAACUUCUCCAAGUCGUCUACAACCAACUUCCUGCUGAAAACAGAAGCCCAGGUCUUCGACAUCAUGGCCGCUCCUCAGGACUUUGGUGGGCCCAACAAGUUAUCCGACGACCAAUCGGAUAUUACCGCGAAAUGGUUGAACCAGUAUGGCGUGGAGAAUUUCUGCAAAGGUGAGGAGAGGAUCCAUCGUUUCUGUCUAGAAGUCGACAAGUGCGUGAACAAGCUUGUCGGUGACAGCAUGAUGGACAGUCCUGUCCUUUGGUCCAGCGAGCUGUAUAAGCGAGACAAGGAAGUCCUCGACAGCGGCCGCCAGAAGGGCGAUCUCUUCCUCACCGGUGUUGGCACGCUUUCGAUCGCUGGAGAUGAAGAGUACGAAACUCAAGGCCGACCAGGGUCGCGUAGCCUCGACUUUGCUCAGCGCCCAAGUCAGAGCAGUCUCCGGUCAAUCUCCAACCGCAAUGGUUCUCAGCAGAGUUUCGACUUGAGCCCUUGGGGAAGCAACCCCAUCCAUUCGCCCGACUACUUCGGCGGCUCUAGCCCAGUCUUGGCAAUCGACUCAAGCGCCACUUUCUGGUCUCCAUUCCAAACUCAAGCUCAGUCACCCACCAGUGCCACCAGCAUUCGUCCACGGACGGCGUCGUCUUCGAAGGGCACUGUGAUGCUCAAACAAUCAACUACGGUCAACGAGGAUAAGCGGAGGUUCUUGCUCGAUCUUAAGCAAACCUUGACGGGUCUGCUCCUAAGCGACCUGGGCACUGUGGUGUUCUCAGGCGGCAGCGAAACUGACUCCUGGUUCUCAGGCGAUCUGUUGGAGGAUUGUAUCCAACGCAAGCGGGAUGAAGAGCAGAGACGCAAGAAACAGAUUGCACGAAAGAAGAGCAUGAAGAGUCUGCGGACCAAGGCUGGCGCCGAGCACCGAAACAGCCCGCUGGAGACACUUGGUCGAACAGAACGAGGCGAAGCCGCCCCUCCUGUCGCCACAUACCAACACGCCGCAGCUUCGGACUCUCAUCAGUCGGCCGGAGAGCAUUCGUCUUCUAGCGCUACCUCCCGCUCCUCGGGUGCAUCCACUGCCAAGAAGUCUGGGUUGCUUGAGUUCCCUUACAAUGUGGCCUUUCGACGUCUUCUCAACAAGUUCGCUACACAUCCGAAUCCGUUUUCCAAGCUCCAUGCCCUAUAUGAGCUCGAGCUACUCAUCAUUGCUUCGCUGUCUUCCCGCUCCGGCCGACCCUACAACAGUCGUCGAGACACGCUGCCGCCAGUCCCACAGUCCCCGACGCUAGGUGCUAUGCCAGAGCUCAGCUCGCGAGAGCCCACGACGAACACAUCACGUGCUCAGAACCUUGAAGAAGCGAUCGCGAACUGCGAGGAGCGUCGCUCGCACACUAUGAACCAAGAGGGAGUCAGCAAUUCCUCGCCUUUUCUUCAACGCAGUGGCGCACGCUCUCCAGUCGGACCGCCAAGCACCGAUAUGAUCGUCGAGGUCAUGCAAGGGCUCUUCCGGGACGCUGACAUUCGCCCAAAGACCCUCUUUCGUGACCUUCAGUACAUCGCAUCAUUUGUCCCGGCACAGAUGCUGGACAGGACUGCACGUGGGAAAGCAUUUUGGGAUGUCGGUCUCGCAGCUCUUGGCCUGAAACAAGACGUCUGUCGCAUCAUGGUCGAAAUCGUCGACGACAUCAUCGCGAAGCACUCUCAGCGCGAUGUCGUCCUUCAACAGACCAACGGUCAGGCGACCGAGAAGACCGGCCUUGCCGUCGGUGCUGGUGGUGCAACUUCAAGCCAAGCGCCCGUCUCGCGCUACACCAUCGAGGACGCCGCACGCAUGCUUCUCAUCACCGCCAGAGAGGGCGACCCGGUGGCCGAGCGUGAGCUGGCUAUUAUGUACCUCACCUCUCCAGAGCUGCUUCACCGCACCAUCCUCCCGCUCACCAAGCCCCGCGACGUCUUCAAAACGGAGCUCCUCAAUCGCGAGCGCAAGGCCUCUCAGGACUCUGCUCGAAGCGAUCCGUUUAUGAUGUGUGUUGCACAGCACUGGAUGGAGCUCAGUAUGAAGGGCGGCGACAAACUCGCUGCGCAGUACUUGCGGCAGCGCGAGGACCUGGCCAAUAUUACCCAGCGGUGA